UCCACUAAGUAAAUUCGGUCCAGUCCUCAAAGUACUUGUGAUGUCAUAAGAAAGUACCUAACUUUGCCGUUUAAUACAAAACAAGAGAGAAAAUAUAAGAAUCUCAACUUGCCUAACUAAUAAAAGCCUUUCUAAAAGAAUUAACAACUUCCUUGCAACAAGAACUUCCUCUUUUUUUUCGUAGUAAUGUUUUUCUCGGAAAAUCGAGGCAAUUUGAUUAUUGCAUCAGUCAUAACAUUAGCGCUCUACCACGGAUGUCCAAUAUAAACAAUUAUUUCCAGCUUAUAUUUAGCAUUUUUAUUAACACAACGGUAGAGUUCCUUAAAUAGCUAAUCCAAGUUAGCCUCGAAAUGAUAAAUCUUCUUAUCUUCCGUGGCGGGACCCUUGAGCGAGACGAAGAAACGGCGGGAAAAUUCCAUAAACAAGACUGCCAGUCGCUAUGCCGUUUUGUGUGGCUUUUGGUUGUUCAAAUCAAACAGAAAACAACAAAAAUGUUUCUUUCCACACCAUGCCUAAAAAGCAAUCAUUAUUUAAAAAGUGGGAAGUGGCUAUUGGGAGAACAGAUUUACCUCCAAGUGGAAGAUUAUGUUCUGAUCAUUUUGAACAGUCGUGUUAUGUCUCGACAACAACAUUAAAACAGGAACUUUGUGGUGACUUGUAUUCAGCACGUAAAGCUACCCGUCGCCGAUUGACACCUGAUGCCGUGCCAACCUUGUUUAAACAUAAGGAAAAUAAAAAUAAGGAGAGAAGCACUUCUGUUGGCCGAUCUACACGUGCUGAACAUGUUAGGAUUGUUACAGAGGCAAUGGCUUCAUUCGAAUGUGAAACAGAUGCUCCUGUAGUUUAUCACGACGAUACAUCUGAGAUAGAGCCUAUAACAUCAGAGGACCAUUUUCAGAAUGCUGAAGUUCAAACUGAUAGAAUUUACAACGUCCACGCUCAGACAGAUACAACAAACCUGAGACGAGUAACAACUACAGAUUUCGGUUGCAAUUUCAAGGAAAUCAUUUGCGAAGCAAACGUUUCAACACAAACUGACUUUGAUAAUAAUAUUAAUACACAGUUAGAACAAUCCAGAUUGUUGCAGUUUUGCACAUCGACGCCCAAUCGCCGUGAUUAUUCUUUUAGAGAUACAGAAAGUGGUUGCAGUGACGAUGAUAUGUCAUCCUCGACCUUUGGUUUUUCUUCAAGUCAGUUUAAAAUUAUUUAUGGGUGUGUGGUGUAUCUUGUUGACAGUAUCUACUUACGCGUGUAUUUUUAA